AAUUAGCCACGAUAACAAUGGCCAUUGGGGAAACGUGAAAAAUGAAGGGACAUAAGAUCAAACGUGUGGGGAAAGGGACAAGGAAAAAAAAGAACCGUGGCACGUUGUCAAGAAGUAUCCUGGCCACACGGGGGCACUGUGGUUCGCUCCACGUCCUUGAGAUAACCGGAUGUAAAGAGCGUCGACAUGGCGGAUUUUCUACUACCGUCGUCAUGGCUAUUUUCUAUGUGUUCAACGAAAGCAAGUAUUGAUUCGGAAAUUCAUUCAAAAACGUGGAUGUCGGUUUGAAAACGUGCAGCAUUUUGGCACUGGAGUGACAGUUUUGCCAAGCCGAUCACUGUGCUGUCCAGUUCGGUGUGUUUGGACUGGAUAAUUUUGCCGUCCCCUAUUUUGGUAUAUGAGUUUACAAGUAUCAAUCGUUUUGCUGUGUUUGUGGAUUUAGAGAGGUGGUUCAGCAAAUCGCGGAGUGAGGACACAGUGCUCGUGGGCACUUUCAAACGAAGAGGCCAACCAUUCCUCAAAAAUAGUCCUGCCAUCAAUCCGACUGCGAGGAGUCGUCAGCAAACCAGAGUGGAAGUUGUAUAGUUGAAAAGCUUCAAAAAGGGAGCAGUAAAGAUGGGUGAAGUGACUCCCGUGGACGAGUUGAUGAGGAAAGUCCUCCUUCCGGAGCCACAGCUCAUCAUUUUGGCCCUGCCACCCCCUUUUCUGCCAACGGCCGAUGAACCGAGCAUCGUUUGGCCCAAGUGGCUCAUUGCCUUCGAACGCUACCUGGACGCACUCGACGACGAGAAGCUGACCGACGCCAGUAAAUGUAUGCUUCUGCACAACUGUCUGGGCCCCGAGGGUCAGCGCGUCUUUGCGACGCUGGUCCCGCGGCAACAGUCGUACGUGGCGGCCGUCUCGGCGCUGACCGCCUACUUCAGCGCUGGCCGCAAUACUCGGGCGUGUUUGCUCCGAUUCCACCAAAGGACUCAGAUGGACGGUGAGAGCACGGAUGACUUUGUGGCGGCGUUGGAGGCGCUGCUGGGGCCCGGCGACCGCGCGGGCGAGGAACUGAUCCUAACUCAGCUGACUGAAAAAACCAUUCUGCCGGAGCUCAGGGAGCGUCUGCGCUCGCAAAGGGAAACGCUGACGCUCGCCGCCGCCCUGCGCAUCGCAAAAGAGGUGGAGUCUGGGGUCGUCAACGGGCCUGACUCCGAGCCUCUUGCGCAACAACGCAAAGGAGGAAGGCCUCGGCGCGGGGAGAGAGUUGCGGUUGCAACCCGAAGGUCCAAACGCAAAGUCGCCUGGAGCCCUGGCGAAAACAACCCGACGGAUGACUACGACGGCGACGAUUGCGGCGAUGAUGACAACGGUCGCGCCUCAUCGUCGCCCUGCAAACUGGAGGAAUUCCCGGACGAGCCGAGUACGGGAGGCAAGGCAAAGAUGCGUAAACCGUUUGCCUGCGCCAUCUGCAUCGACAGACACUUUGUCAGCGCGCACAAGCUGGCGCGACACAUGAGGACGCACACGCAGGAGAAGCCCUUCCGCUGCCCCGUCUGCCCCACCGUCUUCAGCCAGUCGUACCACCUGACGCGGCACAUGCGAGUGCAGCACAACGCUGCCCAGCACGUGUGCUCGACGUGCUGCGACAGCUUCGGGAGCGCCGAGGAGCUCAAGAGCCACAAGAAGACGCACGUGGUGCAGGUCCUGCUGUGUCCCUACUGUCCCGAGAGGUCGCCCAACGACGCGGCUUUUUUACGCCACCUGGCGUCUCACGAGGAGCACCGACGGGGAACCGCCGAGGCGACGCCGGGGAAGGACGUCCGAGCCAACACGGAGGAAAUCCAGACCGACACGACGGAGUCGUUGAUGGACGACGUUGGAAGUGUCGCCGGCGGCGGCCGCGAUGAAAAUAAGGAAUCGGAAGUCGGCGUCCGGGCGGAAACGACGCCGACUCCCCGCCAAGGGGUAAGCGGCGCGAGCGUCCCCUGCAAGAAAACCCACGUGUGCCCCGUGUGCAACGUGACCUUACCCUACGCCGGCAAGCUCAAGCGGCACAUGCGCACGCACACCAAAGAGAAGCCCUUCCGGUGCGCGGUGUGCUCGCUGGCUUUCAGCCAGUCGUACCACCGCACCCGCCACAUGAAGAAACAGCACGGCGUGCGGCAGCACGGCUGCCGCAGGUGCGGAAAGACGUUGGCGAGCUGGGCCAAGCUGAAGCAGCACCGGAAGACGCACGCGGGCGGAGGGCUGACGUGCCCCGCCUGCGACAAGAGCUUCAAGGAGAGAGCCCGCCUGGAGAGCCACCUGAAGCUCCAUAAGAAGAUCCCGCGCGGCCCUCACUCGCUCAUCUGCGACGAGUGCGGCAAAGUGUUCGGACGCAGGUACCACCUGAACAGGCACCUUCUGGCGCAUUGCCGGGCCGCCAACAACGAGCGCUACGCCUGCGCCGAGUGUCACAAGAACUACGCCUCGGCGGAGGACCUGAAGAAGCACCUGAUGGAUCACGCCAAGGAGAAGAGCGGAACGUGCCCGCGCUGCGACCAGAACUUGGGCAGCCGCGAGGAGCUGGAGGCGCACGCGGCGGCGCACAAGGCCCCCUACCUGUGCAGCGUCUGCGGUAAGAAGUUCAAGGUGGAGGCGGUGCUGAAGAAGCACGAGGAGAAGCACCAGGGCCGGCACUACCACUGCACCGUGUGCAGCAAGCACUUCGGCGACCUGGCGCAGUACCGGCGGCACGCCGAGAUGCACGACCGGCGCGAGAGCAAAUGCCCGCACUGCCAACGCGUCUUCCUCAAGCACACCGCCUUCAAGUAUCACCUCCAAACGCACACCGAGGAGAGACCGCACCGGUGCGCCUACUGCGCGGACACCUUCGUGGACAACGAGGAGCUGGAGCGCCACCGCCUCAAGCACAGGAAGUUCCGCAAGGAGCGCCCGUACAACUGCACGCGCUGCGACGCCGCCUUCGCCGCGCUGGCCGAGCUGACGGCUCACUUGGAGGGCCACAAGGGCGAGGCGCCGCUCAGCUGCGACAUCUGCGGCCGCACCUUCCUCAACGCCGGCAAGCUGGAGAAGCACCUGAGCAUCCACACGGGCGAGCGGCCCCACCUGUGCCCGCACUGCGGCAACGGCUUCCCGACGGCCGCCAACCUCAAGCAGCACAUUUACUCGCACACGGGCGAGAAGCCCUUCGCCUGCUCCGAGUGCAGCAAGACCUUCCGCUCGGCCAGCGGCCUGCGGCUGCACGGCCGGCGGCACAUGGACGCGCCGCCCAGCUUCCGCUGCUCCGACUGCGGCAGGACUUACGGCCGCAUGACCGAGCUGAGGAUGCACCAGCGCUACCACACGGGGGACAGGCCCUUCACGUGCGUCAGCUGCACCAAAACCUUCGUCAGCAAGCACAAGCUGAUGGUGCACGCUCGCAUACACACGGGAGAGAGGCCGUACUCGUGUCCCUACUGCAAGCAGACCUUCAGACAGACGGGAGACAGAAACAGACACAUCAAUAAGUUCCACUCGAAAGAUUCCCAACUGCUUUCGACUCCGGGGUGGUGAUGGCCGUGUCGUUUCAGGAAAUGCCGUCAUCCUGCAGCGGCAAUGACAGCAGCGGCCCAAAGCCACGUUUCCACACAGCGCUCCCGUUCACUCGCGGUAGGGUUAAGAUCAGUCACACAAGAAGGUUUUGGUGGUCUCGUUUUCAAAUCCUGUUUGUCAGCAGACCAGGGUAGCUGAAUGUCACUCUUUAUGUUUUGUGAUACAGUGAAACUCCUCUACAACAAAAUCAUGUUUGUGGCAAGAAAUCUUCCACAACAGGGGGUUUUUCACUGUAGCAAAUUUGAUCUCAGAUGCAAACAAACACCGACACACACAAAAACGUAUGUGUACUCUUUAUUUUUAUUCCAAUAAUGCAUAUGUAUGAGCACCUAUUUCACACUUCAUAUAGUCAGUGCAGAAAGAAAAAAAGGGAAAGAAAUUGUGAAAUUUACGAUAAGCGUUCACUGUCACUUACAUCAAUUUCUUGGACAAUGUCCCAUUCAGCAAAGGCAUCUGGCCCGGAUUCGGCAUGAAGCUGGCACAGCUGGCCUCGAGUCGGCACUGGCAUAAUGCAUGUGGGCCGAACACGGCCCAGGAGUGGCAAAGGAGGCACUGGCUUGACUGGCAAACCAGAUGAGGGCCAGUUGUGCAGUGAAGUAUUUGGGCCAGAAAUCAAUUUACAACUCCGGCCCGUAUAUGGCCAGCCAGUAUUGAGCCCCCCUUAAAUGCAGUUUCAGAUUUAUUUUUUCAACACACAGCCUUGUUUUACAAUUGCACACCAAUGCGGAAUUCCAUACAUCUCACACACGCACGCGCGCGCGAGGUUCAAUCACGCCCGCAGGAUAAUUUAAAAAUGAAAAAAAUGCAUAAAAGACACAAAAUUAAUAUUUUUAAUAAGGUGCAAUUCGUUGAGUAUCCGCUAGGGGGACACUGUUUU